GCCGAGCCGGCCGCCUGCCGGGCGGCGCCCCCUGCCCCGCCGCAGCGCCCACGCGAUGAGGUCUGUGCAGUCAGCCUGGCCGGCACUUGUUAUUCCUCCAGAAACUUUUUAACCCAGGGAUUAAUUUCAGCCAGAUCGGACGGAGGAGCGCAGGUCUCACAGAUAAGAUCUUCCAUGCUUUAAGGAAAAGGGUGGAAGGGGGAAACCCAAAUUUCUUCCUGACCACAAGGAGAGGCUGCAGCAGUCGUGAGCUCAAAUACUGUCUGGGCGCAGGUGGGUCGGUUAACUCGCUUAUACCUACAGGGGAUUUGGGGUUUGUGUUGCUGCAGCCAACCCAGAUACGUGCUGCUUCUUGCGGGGCUGGGGGCUAGAAGGUCCCAGAGGGAGCUCAGGGUCUGGGGCGACGGGGGAGAGGGAAAGGUGUGGGUGUGCAUGUUGCAGGCACGGCGGGGAGCAUGGGGAAUGUGGGUCACGAGUCGGUACGAAACUGGGCUCUGUUCUAGGGCUGCCGGCGGGUGUUUGUGUUUUUCCUGGGUGGCCCAGCACUCUGGAGCUGAGCUGGGGCCGGGCGGGAUGUUGGCUUUCAGGAGUGCCUUAGGCAGUACCCUCGCAAGCGUUUUGUUAGGCAAAUAAUACGAACUGAACAAAAGGAAGAAGGAGCUGGCUGCGGGGGUGCUGCCAGGGAUGGCGAUCCCGCACUGCAGGAGCAGCGGUGCUGGGGCUCGGUUUAUUGACGGCUUUGUAAGCCCCGCUACCCCACGGGUUAUUCUUUGCUUUGAGCCUCAUGGUUGCCUGGACCCCUCUGUCCUGGUGCCUGUCUCUCCUCCUGGCCAGCUCAGCGUUUUAUAUGGAGUGUGCAGAAGGGGCCGGAGCUAUUAGCAAUCCCUGGUCCACUCCAUCAGAUGGCAGCGGGGAUUUCCCGAGCUGUGCAGGGCACCUCGGUACAGCCUCUGGUGUCCUGGGAGUGCUCUGGGGCACCGAACCCAACGGUAACAAGAAAAUCCACUCCAGAGAGUACAUGUACGCGAGGAUGGCCCCAAAUCUUUGCAUUCAGUAGGGUUUUCUUUGUUAUCUCUCUUUGCGUCACCUGGCAUCCGAGUAGGCGGCUGGGAGGUGCUGCGACUGGCGCUGUGCAGGGCAGAAGUUGUAGGUCCUUGGCGGGACUGAAGGUGCAGGAAGGCAUCUGACCACGCUUCCCCGGCCGUGUUUGUGGUGCUGGUCAGGAAGGGGAAACCUGCACAGACAAACAUGGGUGCAAAGCCCUGGGAAGGGGAUCACCCAGCGGGCAGCAGGAGCUGGCCCUGUGCCUUCAGGAGAGGGGCUCAGCUGGGAAGCAGUGAAGCACCCCCACACAACACUGCGCCAGGGGGUUUUCGUGUCGUCCUGUGUUUCCUUAUAUUUGCCAACCUUACUGCCCGUGCUCUGACCGUGCUGCUCUCCCAGGGCUUGCUGCUUGCUCGUGACCACCCGGCUUGCAGCACGAAGCCAGUGUCAUGUUUAUUUUUAGUCUGCUGCCUCUCUGCCACGGGGUCCCGCAGUCCCAACAGGCUCCCUGGCCUUGAGCUGAGCCUUGCCAUGUACCUGCUGGGGCAAUCAGGUGUUUUACUGCUGUUCCUAACAGUGAUGGUUAAUGCUUGUGGUGUGCUGCUGCCUAGAAGCUCGUGGAGAGUGUUUGCAGACUGGGGAAUGGACAAAGUCUGGGCCCAAAAGCUCGGCUGGGCUCGCUGCAGUUUCCCUACGAGGUGGAGGUCCGCACUGGCAGCAUUCUGGCAUCACUGAGGGCCUGUGACCUUGUCUGGGUGUAGGGCUUGGAGCUGCUCAUGGAAGUGAUUUGUGAGCACCCAGUUCCCAGCGGAGCCGGGGAGGAUGCUCUGCCCUGCUCGUGACGGCUCUUCUUCCAGCUGCAACCUGAGGCCGCCGUUUCUGCCUCUCCCCUUUCUGCCGUCACUACUGGCACCCUUUUUCUGGGGAUUCUGUUCCUUUUUUGUCAGCUCGGAGAAGUAUUUUCCUUACGCUCGCCUCUAUUUAGGGCUCUGGGGGAGGAAGUGACUCAGCCUUUCCUCUGCUGCUGUUUGCACAGUCAUCCCUCGCCGGCUCCGCCGAGGCUUUCCGCGCGCACCUCACGUUACGAGCGCUUCGUUUUCAUUCAGCAGGAGCCUGCCCACUUCCCUGCCACACGUUUGGGUGGGGAAAGGCACAGCAGGGGUGGACGAGCCGCCGACAGGAGCCCCACGUGCCAGGCAGGUAGCAGCACCACGCUCCUCGAGGAGGACGCACCACCAGCCCCACGGCAGCUCCGGGCAGCAACAACCAGGGACCCAUGAGCACGGGCGUCGGCGGAGAGGCAGCCCCAAGCCCCCUCCGUUCCCGCUGUCCCAGCUGCAGUGAUGGAAAACUCGUCGGUGGCGUCGGCCUCCUCGGAGGCGGGGAGCAGCCGCUCGCAGGAGAUCGAGGAGCUGGAGCGCUUCAUCGACAGCUACGUGCUGGAGUACCAAGUGCAGGGGCUGCUCGCCGACAAGACGGAGGGGGACGGGGAGAGCGAGAAGACGCAGUCCAACAUCUCGCAGUGGACGGCGGAUUGUAGUGAGCAGCUUGAUGGCAGCUGUUCCCCAUCCAGAGGGAAGGGCUCGUCGUCUCACGAACACAAUCAGGAAGAGUGGGAUCACAGCAGCGGUGGGAGCGCAGGAUCCCGGCCGGGGUCGGGCUCCAGAUGUGGGUCUGGAUCCAGGUCUGGCAGCCGCGGCAGAAGCAGCCAGUUCAGGCAACCGACCAAGGUACUCCUGGUGGCCACGAAUGGCAACAAGGAGGGCUCCCUCGACAUGCUGGGCACCGACAUCUGGGCUGCCAACACCUUCGACUCCUUCAGCGGUGCAACGUGGGAUUUGCAGCCUGAAAAACUAGAUUUCACGCAGUUUCACAGGAAGCUCCGAAACACCUCCAAACACCCGCUGCCUCACAUAGACAGAGAAGGGAUCGGAAAAGGGAAGUACGAGGACGGUGACAGCAUCAACUUGAACGACAUAGAGAAAGUCCUCCCGGUGUGGCAGGGUUACCAUCCAUUGCCUCAUGAAGCUGAAAUCGCACAUACCAAAAAGCUCUUCAGAAGGAGGAGAAACGACCGGAGGCGACAGCAGAGACUUCCUGGUGGGAACAAGUCUCAGCAGCACGCAGAUCAUCAGCAAGGCAGCACCAAACACAACAGGGACCACCAGAAACUCUACCAAGGAGGCCAGGCCCCUCACUCCUCAGGCAGGACGGGCCACCACGGCUACAGCCAGAACCGGAGAUGGCACCACAACCAGAAGCACUCGCCCAACGACAAAGAAACGCACAGAAACGCCAAAGAGACUGAGAAUUUGAAAAUCGAGGACAGCUCCGUCUGCACGGUGCACAGCCCGUCGGAGACGCAGCGGGGCCCGGAGGCGGUGGAGAAGCAGUCCCAGCAGUACAUCCAGGAGCCGGAGACCAAGCGGAGAGACAGUAUUCACGAGCGCACUGGGGAGAGACCCAAGAUCAAUUUGCUCCAGUCUUCCAAAGACAGGCUGCGGAGGAGGCUAAAAGAAAAGACGCCUUGUCUUUCCCUUUUCACGGACCAGGACGAAGUCACGGUUGAAACCACCAACCCUGAAAAGAACAAAAUGGACAAAUUAAUUGAAAUCCUAAACAGCAUGAGGAACAACAGCAGUGAUGUUGACUCCAAGCUCACCACCUUCAUGGAGGAGGCCCAGAACUCCACCAACUCUGAGGAGAUGCUGGGGGAGAUAGUUAAGACCAUCUACCAGAAAGCGGUGACAGACCGCAGCUUUGCUUCCACAGCAGCCAAGCUCUGUGACAAAAUGGCCCUCUUUAUGGUGGAAGGAACCAAAUUCCGGAGUCUGCUCCUCAACAUGUUGCAGAAGGAUUUCACCAUGCGGGAGGAGCUGCAGCAGCGGGACGUGGAGCGCUGGCUGGGGUUCAUCACCUUCCUCUGCGAGGUCUUCGGCACCAUGAGGAGCAGCACCGGAGAGCCCUUCCGAGUCCUCGUCUGCCCCAUCUAUACCUGCCUCAGGGAGUUGUUGCAAUCUCAGGACGUGAAGGAGGACGCCGUGCUUUGCUGCUCCAUGGAGCUGCAGAGCACUGGCCGGCUGCUGGAGGAGCAGCUGCCCGAGAUGAUGACGGAGCUGCUGGCCAUCGCCCGCGACAAGAUGCUGUGCCCCUCCGAGUCCAUGCUGACGCGGUCCCUCCUGCUGGAGGUCAUCGAGCUGCACGCCAACAACUGGAACCCGCUGACGCCCACCAUCACGCAGUACUACAACAAGACAAUCCAAAAACUGACAGCCUGAGGGACAGGGCAGGGAGGGGUGGGAAGGGGCGAGAAGGCGACAUGCACCUUAGCGGGAUCCGGCUCUCGCGGCCCGGCGAGCGCCUUUCUGAUUUAAAUACCUAAGCAGACAAACCCCAGCAUGCUUGAGAAUAUGUUCGUGGGGUGGGGAGGGAGAAGCAUGUUUCUUUUCAGCUGUGUCGCCAAGUGCCACCCCUCUUCCCUGCCGUGUUUUUGUUUUAGGGUUUCUUUUAUGAAAUCAUUGCUCCAGCAGCAGUGCAUCCCGCCGGGUUAUUGUUUGGCUUUAGAAAGAAGACAGCGAGUUGGAAAAGCGAGCCCGAGUGGGGGCUAGUAUUGUUUUCACACCGUCCUCCGGGCUUGCCCUGGCCAACUGGCAGGAGACAGCACGCAGCAGAUGUCCCGGGAGGACAAAGCGCGACACACACUACACCAGACGCUCAUAAUUGACGGCUUUUGUCAAGCGGAGCUUUCGUUAUUUCCCCCCGCUCCUCCUCUUGUCUUCGACUUUCUGCUCCCCCACCUCCCCUCCGUCUACUCGCCGCCCCUUCGGACACCAACCGGCGAGCAGGAUGGCUUUCUUAUUUGCACUGGGUUUUGUUUUUCUUGGUCAUUUGUAUUUUAUUCUAUUUUAUUUUAUUGUGAACGGACAAUUGCGAUCAGCGCGGAGACGUGGAAGUGACGCCUUCCUGCGAGCUCACAAAUGGUUUACGUGAAGAUGCUGAAGUAGGAGGAGGAUUUUUAAGGAGCCCAAAAGCCACUGUAGAAGUAACAUAGCCACAGUUGUCUUGCCAGUAACCUCGCAGAUUAACUGAAAAAUGUGUGCCCUGAGCUGGGAGCUCCAAGAAACACGGGAUUCUGGGGCUGCUUGCUCUGGCUGGUAAAGCCACCGCAUCCCCCAUCCACUAAACUAUAACCCAUUUAUUUUUUUGUAAUUUUUUUUGUUUCCGUUGAAAGAGUGCUUUAUUGUAAUUACUGUCAUGGUUGUAAUAAUAGGUUUGAAAACCAGGCCCAUUGUAGUUGGGCCUAGUAAUGUACAGGGCAAUGGAGAAAUGAAGACUUGAUGUUCUUCCUGGGAAACCAGUAGAGAGAAGACAAGAAGUGCAUGGCAAAAAAGGAGGGAAAAAAGAAGAGGAAAACGAUGAAGAGCCAAAAAUACAGGUUUUGAGCCUGGCUUCUAACUGGCUGCAUUUCCAAUCCAGUAUUUGUAGGUGUGCAUUGUACAGGGGCAGCUGUGUGCCCUGGUUGGUGUAAGUGGUGCCGUGUCCCCGAGCGCAGGGUGACGUGUUCGGAGGGAGCAGGGCGAGGCGGGGAGCGGGGGGACCCCACUUUGCUGAAUGCUGGGUGUCUGGGAUGGUGCUGGGGAGGUGGGAGAGAUGGGAGGUGGGAGAGAUGGGAGGUGGGAGAGAUGGGGAGAAGGGAGAGAUGGGGGGAAGGGAGAGGUGGAGAGAAGGGAGAGAUGGGGAGAUGGGAGAGAUGGGGAGAUGAUGGUGGAUUUGGGGAGGCAUUUGCCCCGCGGAGCUGGAAGUGUCCUGAGUAUGGAUGGCAAGUGAGUGGCGACCAGCAGGCGUUAGGACUCGGUGUUUCCUAGUUCUCUUCUCUGCCGAUGAUGUCCACAUGAAAUCCCUGACUGCUCAUUUUGGUGAGGUGGGAGAGAAGCAGAGGAAGCCCCAACCCUGCGCUACCAUCCCGAUCUCGGGUGCCUUAGGGAGCUGCAGGCCUGCGUACGAGGGGCAGGAGGCUUCCCCGUGCACGUGUUCAGGAGCUGAGCGUCCUGGCCGUGUGGUUCGGCACAACUUGAACUUUUCGUGAGGUUGUCUGUGGGUACAUUUUCUAAUCCACACGUGGAGCACGAGGAAAGGAACUGGAAAGAGGAGCUUCAGCGGCCCAUGUCUGCACAGGCCAAUCCCUGGGCUGGGGAUGUAGGCCCGGCAGCCAUGUUAGCACUGCCACAGAAGAGCAGAGAGGCCGAGAGGUGUCAGCAAGAAGAGGGACUGCAUCAGGCCUGUCAGUGUCGGACAGCAGGGCCGUGCCCUUGCUCUUGGCCUUCCCAGCCCCACAGGGAGUGGAGGCGUGAAUGUCGGUGUGAGCCCGGAAAGUCGCCGCCAGCAGCCCCGGAGCAGCCUUGGCCCUGGCCAAGAGGCGUGUGGGGAGUGGAGGGGGAGCAAGGGCUUAAAUUGAGCAAACGGAGUGAAAUUACCCGUGGUGAGGACAAUUUGUCAAGGGGCCUUUAGUGUCGUGACAGCCUCUGAUGUGCGAGCUGCAUGCGGUCGAUCGGUGUAAAUUAGGCCCCACCGGUCGGAAGCAUUAAUGAGGUAGCGGGGGCUAGGGAGGUGCUGCUGCUCUGUCAGGCUUUGGGGAGAAGAACGGAGGAAAAGCUUUGCUGGGUUUUUUUUUUUUUUGAAUACCAGAAGAGCCUCCCCGCAUCCCGCUCCGCAUCCCUUGGGGCCUGUUCUCUGAACGCAGCAAAAGAAGAAAAAUAAAAAGAAAAACAGAAAAGCCCGGAGGAGCUUCGGCCUGUGGCUUUGCCCUCCAUCACUGGGAUUUCUCCCGUGGAAUAGCUUUCCUGUGAAAUCUGUCUUUUUUAAUGUCUGUCGUCUGUCUCCGCCAUUAGGGUCCGUUCAUCCAGCCACUCACCGCUUGGUAACUCGGUACGUCAGUCGCUCUGUUGGUGCGUGAGAAUCUAGAUGUUGACCAAAAAAGUAUUUUUUUCCCCCGGAAUUACGUGCUGCCACUGGCAUCCCUGCAGUCCCUCGGUGGGAAGCCCAUGGUAUUUGGAAGGGAAGAUGCCACCGGCGAGGCAAUGUGGAGGGGUGGGGGCAGCAGUGCAUUUUGGGGACAGAACACCCUCCUUUGGCCAAAUCCGUGUCAGGCCAAACCUGGGGCUGGUGUAAGGACGUGGUGAUGCCCGGAGCCACCGGCUCUGCUCCCCACGGAGCUCCCAGCACCCGGUUCCCCGCUUCCCAGCCAAAUCAUUGCCAAACUGGAGGCUUUGGCUGCCCACAAAGCGGCCUGCUUGGUUUCCCCAUGAGGGAUUUGACCCCCUCCUGUAUGGAGAAGUCUCCUUUGUACGGAGGUGAAAUGAGAAUGGGGGAAAAAAGGCAAAGUAAGCGAUUUGCCUGGUUCCCCUCUUCCCCCGAAGGAGAUUAAUUAGUAUCUAUUCUUGGCAUGAUUGAUGGCUUUGAAGGAAAACUUGUCAGAAUAACUUAUGAUUUAUUUUCCUGCUUAUUUUUAUAACAUCCCUCACUUGGAAGUCUCUCAAAAUCUGAAAUACGAUUUUUAUUUCCCCGCUGGGUAUUUUAUGGCUUUACACAAAUUUUGCUCUUCUUGGUGUUAGCUGUUAGCCAGUCCCGGUGAUACUUGCAGUAUUUUUCAGGAGAAACAACUCUAAGGGUUGCGAAGUCCUGUUGAUGGCCAACGGGGCUAUGGUGUCCUGCAGAACAUGGAUUUAAUGCUAGCAAUUCAUUUUUUAAUGUAUUUAUUUGCAUUUGAAAAAGCAACGUUUUUAAUUUAAUCAUGUUUGUUAAACUAAGUGCUUAAAAAAAAAAAAAAAGGAGAAAGGUUUUGGGGAGAAUAAAGACUAGAUCUUCAUACUAGAGAAAACAAAAACUCAUCGUUUUCAGCAUUUCAGAGACUGUUAAAACAAGGGAGCUAAUAACUCUUUGUGGCAAUUCAGUCUUGUUUAUAGAACAUCCAAACCCACUGUAUGCUAUAAAACGCAUCAUCUGAGUAAUAAAUGUUUAAAGCUUGA